AUGCCUUUCGGAUCUCGCGCUGCCGGUGACCCGGCCUACCCAGACGACAACGUCUUCCACCCGGAUGGCAGCAACCGUCUUGCCGAAUGGGAGGUUGCUCAUGGAUUACGCCCCGCUCCCGGAAACAAAAACCCCGAGGAUAUGACCGAAGAAGAGCAGGUUCAGUUCGCCGUCGACCAGUCCCUUAAGGAGUCUACUCAGAGUGCUGGCUACUCUGAGGAAUCUGGUCCUUCUCAGAAUGCUGUUCACACCAUGGGUGCUGGUCACUCCCAAAUGCAAGCUCUCCACGCCCACGGCUCUGGCCACUCUCAGUAUCAGCUUCCUCAUGCUUGGGGUGCUGGUUAUACUCAAGCUCAACCCAUUCACGCCUUCGUUCCUGAGAAUAUGACCGAAGAUCAGCAGCUUCGGCUCGCCAUCGACAUGUCCCUUAAGGAGCCUGACCUUCACAUUCAAGCUGGACCCUCUGCCUUUGCUGGCCCCUCUGCCUUUGCUGGCCCCUCUGCCUUUGCUGGACCUUCUUCCUCUGGUGGUUCUUCCUUUGCUGGACCCUCUUACUUUGGUGGUUCUUCCUUUGCUGGACCUUCGUCUUCGGUUGGACACUCCUCCUCGGCUGGUCUGUCUUCUUUUGCUGGCCCUUAUUCAUCUGCUGGGCUUUCUUACUCAGCUGGCCCCUCGGCGUUGGCCUAUUCCUCGUCGUUUGCUGGACCCUCUUCCUCGGCUGGCCUGUCCUCGUUUGCUGGUCCUUCGCCUUUUGCUGAGCCCUCGUCUUUUGCCGGUCACUCGUACUUUGCCGGCUCCUCGUCUUUGUCUGGCCCUUCAUCUUCUGCUGAAGACUCUCUGUUUGCUGGAUCCUCGUCUUGGGUUGAUCCUUCUCAGGCUGGCCCAUUCCAAGCCCAUGCUGCUCAUGCCCAAGGUGCUGGUCACUCUGCUGUCGAAGCCGAUCUUGUUCAGGGUGCUGAACACUCUCAAGCUGAGCCUACUCACUACGAAGACGCUGCCUACGAGGCUUCUGGCAACGCGGACCCCAUUAACGACGAUACGAUUGAAGAAAAUGAUUUGGAGAAGUACGGAAUCUACGAUGACGAGAAUGCCGGCCACUCCCAGGAAGCUGCCCACACCAACGACGACUACAUGGUGCACGGCGCCAUCUCCAACUCUCCCCUCCGCGUCGAAGAAAUGACCGAGGACCAGCAGCUCCAGGUCGCCCUCGAACGCUCCCUCAACGGUUCUGGCCAACACUCCAGCUCCAGCUCCAGUCCCCAGCCCAGUCCGGCAGCCGAGCAAGCCAAGGACGCGAUCGAAGUGAACAACAGCCUCUACCUCCCCCUCCACCAGCUCUUCCUGUCGAUCCACCAGAACAACCUGCCCAUCGACAACGUCUUUGACCAGUUCAUGGGCUUCCUGGCCCAGGCCUACCCCGGCCAGAUUGACGAGUUCACCGCCCGUCGCCAGUCCGCCGCUGCCAGGGAGCAGCAACAGCAGCAGCAGUCGCAGUCGCAGCAGUCGCAGCAGCUCGAAGACAACGACGAGGACUGGGACAGUUACCAGGCCGUUUUCGAGGGAGAUCACGUCUUCGUCUCCCACGCCUCGCACACCCAGGAGCCUCCUGCUCCGGUCUCCACUUCCGGUGGGCAGCAGCCCGCCCCCUUCGUGUCCCUGGUGGACAUCGAAGGUCCGGCAAGGGAGGCACUGGUGCCUUCCCUGUCGGUGCCGGACUUGGAGGCCGGAGAGGAGGCGGGUGUUGUGGAGGGUGGAGAGACGGUGGAGAGCGAGGAGGAAGAGGAGAACGACGAGGACGAGGGCGAGAAGGAGAAGAAGGACAAGGGGAAGGAGAAGAAGAAGGACGACGACGACGACGACGACGACGAGGAUGACGAUGAGAAUGGAGAUGGAGCGGCCUUGCCUGCGUCCAUCCAGAGUUCGGCGGACUCAGCCGCCAACACCUCUGCUAGCACCUCUGGUCCUGCUGGCCUGUCCUGCGACGACGACGACGACGACAAGGACAACAAGUGGAAGCCCUGGGAAAUCCAGGCGGCCGGCAGGGCCAUGAGGUGGGUGUUGGAUGGCGAUCCCGACUCCUCCUUGCCCCUCGCUGAGCGGUACAGGCGUUGCGCUGCCCGCAUGGAGGAGGAGUCGGGGGUCCAACGAACCUGGACGGCCCUCCGCUCGGCGUACGCCCGGGUCAUCCGGGCUGCGACCGGUGUCGACGAGCGGAAGAGGCCUAAGCCGCACCGGCUGCAGACCUCGGUUCAGAAGACCGGGGCUCGUUCAGCUGCCUGCUGGAAGGCUGCAGCCGUUGCGGCGGACGCGGGCAAGGCCGCCGAUGAGGCCUUGAAGAGGGAGAAGAAGAGGAAGCUGGAGGAGGAGAAGGAGGAGAGGAAGAGGGAGAAGAGGAGGAAGAAGGAGGAGGAGGAGGAGGAGGAGAAGAGGAAGGGGAAGCGUCGCCGGGUGGUGGACGAGGAGGAGGACGACGAGGACAAGGAGGAGGAGGUGCCGGCCGCGGUGGGUGCGGUUGGUGAGGGCUCAGCCUCGGCGAGGCCCAAUACCCGGGCCGCUCAGGUGGCCGCGGAUGCGGCACUGGCGCGUCGCCUCCAACAGGAGGAGACCGCCAAUGUCCGUCCGCGCCGCACCCGCCGCAGUUAG